GUCGUCGCCAUGGCGCACCCGCGGCGCGUGCAAAAGGUCCAGCAGCAGAUGCGACGAGAGAUUUCGAGCAUGAUGCAGAGCGAUAAGAACCUGCGAGCGAUGAUCUCGCCCGAGGAACGCAUGGGGGUGGAUCACAUGCUGAGCGUCAUGGCGACGGUGGCGGACGUCGAGGUGAGCAACGAUUUGCAAGUGGUCAAGGUGUACGUGAGCAUCCUGGGAGACGAGCGAGGGAAGAAUAACGCGAUAAAGGGGAUGAAACGAAUGGAGCAGUACGUGCGAAGGAAGAUCGGACGGAGGAUGAGCUUGCGGUUGACGCCGGAGAUUCGGUUCAUUUACGACGACUCGUUCGAGCGAGGGCAAAAGGUGAGCGCGUUGUUGGAUGAGAUUCGUUUGGAGAAUAGGAAUAAGACGGCGAAAAAGUACGGGAAGGACGCGUUGAUGUCGGUGGAGGACGUGAUCGCGGAACGGGGGGAAGUGGAGGAUGAAGAUGAGUCGGAAUGGGGGAUGGACGAC